AUGCAUGCAUCUCGCACGCUAACCCCUGCGGAGAAGAACUAUGGGCAAAUAGAGAAAGAAGCUCUAGCCCUCGUGUUUGACGUCAAGAAAUUUCACAAACUGUUGUACGGUCGCCACUUCACGUUGUUGACGGAUCACAAACCAUUGCUGUCAAUCUUCGGUUCGAAGAAGGGCAUUCCCGUCUACUCAGCCAGCCGACUUCAGCGAUGGGCAACCAUUCUUCUUGCUUACGAUUUUAACAUUCGCUACUGUCGUACCACAGUCUUUGGUCAGGCUGACGCCCUUUCUCGCCUCAUCAGCAAUCAGCGGGAACCGGAGGAAGACACCAUGAUUGUUGCCAUUUCGAUUAAGGACGAUGUGCGCGUCAGUUAUCAGACGCCAUACGAGGUAUCCCUGUCACUGCCGCGGAUAUCCGGCAUGCUACUAAACAGGAUCCUGUCCUCCGUCAGGCCAUCACCUACGUGCAGACCUGCUGGCCAACCACUGCUCUCGCUGGUGAUCUUCGUCAGCUCUUCCUCCGCCGAGCAUCGCUAUCUGUGGUUGACUCCUGCCUCACGUUUGCGGACCGUGUGGUGAUCCCAUCUUCCCUCCGACCCACUGUACUACGCCAGUUUCAUGCUGGUCAUCCUAGUACCAGCCGAAUGAAGUCAAUUGCUCGCAGUUUUGCUUACUGGCCGGGUAUCGACGGCGACAUCGACGACCUGGUUCGACGCUGUUCUCGAUGUCAGCAAGCUGCCAAGAUGCCGCCUCGUCAACCGCCAGUACACUGA